AUGGAAGGAAUCCGGGAGAGAGAUCUUUCUCCUGAGCGGAUAGCCUACCUGGCACAGACUCGGAUUCCUGAGAUUAUUGCCUGUAAUGUGAUCCUCCUCGUCUUUGCGACAUUCGGUCUGUUGGUUCGAAUUUUCGUCCGUAUUCGACACCUCACGGGCAUCAAUUUCGACGAUGUGCUCUGCAUCACCAGUUGGGUCUUUACAUUCGUUCUUUGCUUUACCUGCAUGCUCAUGACCAAAUAUGGAUUUGGUAGGCAUAUUGGUAUCAUAGGCAUGAGCGACCGGGGCAUGUUCCUGAGGCUCAAUUUCGUGACCAUGCUCGCCUACGUUCUCGCUCUCGGCUUUAUCAAAAUCUCGUUUUGUGUCCUUUACCUUUCGAUCUUCCCGGGGAAGUGGUUUCGGAUUGGUUGUUGGUGUGUGCUGGUCAUCAUCGUUGGUGAAACAAUCUCAGAAGCCCUUGUUGUUAUCUUUCAGUGCACGCCCGUUCACAAAGCGUGGGACGCUACCGGCUACGUCGAGGGACACUGUGUGAACAUGACGGCCUUUUAUUAUGCAAACUUUGGGAUCAAGCUCGCCAGUGACCUGGCUUUGUUUCUGAUGCCGAUGCCUAAGCUGGUGCGGUUGAAGAUGACGGUGGGCAAGCGAGCGGGCUUGGUGGUCAUGUUCAGUCUGGGUCUUCUUGUGUGUGUCACCAGUAUUAUCCGGGUCUCAUAUCUGAAUCCUUUUUCUGUUGACCAUACCUGGUCAUUAGUGAAUGCUAUGAACUGGUCAUGCGUGGAAGUCGCCGUCGCCCUCUUCAUUGCAUGCAUUCCCUCUUUCAAGUCACUUCUUAGUACCUGCUUUCCAGGGCUCCACCGUCUUCUCGGUUUCUCCAGCAAUGACUACUCGAAUGGCCCGUCAAAGAUGUACGGCAGUUCUACUCGCCGGACGUACAAUGCGCAUAAUAGCAUCAAGCUGAAACCAGUGACAGGACACAGCCAGGCGGAAGUGGAAACGACUACUAAUGACUCGCAGGAGCGCAUCAUGUAUCCAGGCAUUCAAGUUGUCACCCACGUGAGUGUCAACGAGAAUGUCUAA